AGAAUACUUUCGAAUAUGAUAGAGAGUAGAGUGAACGCUCAAUCAAAUAUGAAUGCACGAAUCGACUGCUCUCAACUGAAUUCUGCUGCUCAAGCUUCAAACCAGGGUCAUUGUCCACGUUUAACAAACUCUCUUUUUGGAGAAAAUAGCUUAGAAGCUUUAUUGGGAGAGAAGGAGGAGAGUAGAGUGCAAACUUCUUGGAGUGAUUCUGGAAGAACAAGUAAAUCUUAUGAGUCGAAAGAUGCAAGAAUCAAGAGACCAAUGAAUCCAUUUAUGGUCUGGGCCAAAACAGAGAGAAAGAAUAUGGCCAGCAGGAAUCCUGAUAUUCACAACGCUGAAUUAAGCAAGCUUUUAGGCCAGAAGUGGAAAAGUAUGACACAAGACGAAAAAAAACCUUAUAUGGAUGAAGCAGAGAGGUUAAGAGUGCAGUUGAUGCAACGUCAUCCUGAUUACAAAUACCGUCCAAAACGACGAAAGCAAGGAAAGCGACGAAGCAAAAGCAAAAAGGCGACUGAUAGUAAAGUAAAAGCUCCAACAACUCUCGUAACUCCUGAGUCCACACCGAAUACUUCUCCCUCUUUCAAUCGUCACGAACAGUCAAUUGCCAGACAUUCAACAGAAUUAAAAAAGAUGCUGUCCUCAACACCUACCAGCUUUCUCACCCCGGAACCGUCUCCAAUAAAACACAACGAUGAAUCCUUUCAAUACAGGCCAAACGGAACGAUUUUUCCUACCUGUGGUUCUUUUAAUGAGCAGCUUGGAAGUUACGCUGGGUUUACAAAUCAAAAUAUGGACAUCAACAAUAAUUUAGACUAUGGUACUUCACCACAAUAUAAUGCUAUAAUGAAUGAAAUUCAAGAAUUAGGAGAAAUGUAUGGUUCAUCCGACUCAAGCUCUCCUCGAAAUUCUCAAACUUCACCCAUUUCAAGUAUACAUUCUUAUAUAAAGCAAGAGGGUCCUUCAGGAUCUUUACGACCAUCAAUUAAUUAUCACCAGGAACAAUUUGAGCAUUAUCCAGUGAAGAAUGAGCCAAGGUACGUUCUAGAUUUGCAAUCACCUCCACCCGAAGCUUUGAAAUUUGAGACUUAUGCGAAUGAUUCUUGUUCUUACUAAAAUAUUUUAGAGAUGAGAAUUGAAAAUUCCUUUAUAGUUUUUUACUCAUUCUUUGUAUAGUUCAGUGAAUUAUUCAUAUGAUUUAAUUUACACUAUAGAUCUUUUGAUACUGUAUGGUGUUGAAUAUGUAAAUAUACUUGGACGGUUCAUUGCUUUUCUUGAUAUAAAUAGUAUGAGGUAAUGCCACCUGAAUGUUAUAAGAAAGAGAUGAGAAAUUCUAUUUUUAUUAUAGACGUUAGCUUACAAGAAAACGUAUGCAUGCAAUAUGGUGCUACUUUAUUACUUAAGUUUAGAUAGUUUUUCUAUUAAAAAGUUGUAAAAGUACACUAUUUAGACUCAAAAGAAUGUAAUUUCUUGUUUAAAAAUUUGUUUAAUUUCUGUCUCUUCAGGACAAAAUAAUCUGUGUCUGUCUUAGUUUGUCAAUAGAGACCUGUCUUCGUGUCGUCAUCACUUUUUCAUUUUUUUAAUGUUUUCUCUUUUUUACAUAAACAUUCGUUAUAAUAAUUAAGAAUUAUCAAUAAAUUACAAAUGUUUAGAAUAAUA